AUGUCCAACAAGCCCACCAGCCCUCCCCCCCUCCUACCACCCAGAUCCGGCUACGCAAGCUCCCCGCAGCCUCAAGGCCAGGGCGCCGCAAACGAUUACUACGGAGGCGGAGGCGGCCAGGGUUAUUACCCCCAGCAAGGAUAUCCUCCACAGCAGGGAUACCCUCCACAGCAAGGAUACCCUCCACAGCAAGGAUACCCUCCACAGCAAGGAUACCCUCCACAGCAAAGAUAUCCCCAACCGGGCUAUCCUCCGCAACAGGGCUACUACGGACAGCCCAACCAGAUGUACUACCCUCCGCAGCAGGGAUAUCCUCCCCAGGGCCACUUCCAAGGCGACCCUGCUGCGUCUGGCGCCGGCGGCCUCUGUGCUGGUAUUAUGGCUGCGCUCGCAUGCUGCUGCUGCUUGGAUCUCCUCUUCUGA